CAGGGCACUGUGUAGUUCACUACCCAUGCCUCUUUCCACUCCUGUUCACACCCUCUCUCUCUCGGAUUCUCUCCCUCUCUAUUUGUUCCUGUCCUGUUCAGACGAAGCCUGCUGUGUUCCCUAGCUGGCUGUGCUGCUGUUAAGGGAGGAGUAGAGCUGUGUAGGAUUGAGUAGGACAGCGUAUGACCGCGUAGAACAGUCUAGGGCUGUGUGUAGGGCUCUUUUAGGGCAGUGUAGGGCACGAGGGCUGUGUUGGGCUGGCAGAGGCAGGGCUCUCCCAUGGCCUGCCCGCAGUGCCCGGCGCCUGGGUCCUACACCUCGGUUAUCAUCCCCCUCCGGAGCAGCCUCUAUAGCCUUGACGCCCUACGCUUCUACCUAUGGAUAAAGAGGCUGAAGGACUUGGAAAGGGAGAAGGACUCCCUGUGGGCCGGGCUGCAGGUUCUGGAGCAAGCCCAGCUCUGGUACCGACGCAUACUGGAGGACAACAGAGCCAGGCAGGCUAACGUGUGCACCAGGGCUGGGGCGAGGGCAAAGGAGUGGGGAGGAGAGGUGUGGGGAGGAGCGGGGGCGUCAUCGUGCCUCCUGAGGUCUCAGAUCCAGAGGGUGAAUGGAUCUCUGGGUAGUCUGAUGAGUAUGCCCAACGUAAUCAGCUGUCCCUCCUCUCCAAAGAGGAACGGGGUGGAAGUAUCAGACAGUGAGCUACGGUGGCAGAACACGGUGCUGGUACAGGAGGUGAGUGAGAAGAAUGUUAAAAUCUCCCUGUUGGAGCGGGAGAGAGACAGCCUUUUGCAAGAGCUGAGUCUGCGUCUGGGUGUACAAGUGUAGUUGUCAUCCUGACUGAGUUGUUUGUACACUGCUAUCAAGCCCAUUUCACUGCUAUCGCACAUGGACACACACGUGACUAAGCACUGCCUCAUAACUCUUCGACUAAAGUUCUUCAAUGUCAUGAUUUCAUUGUCUCUCACCAAUGUAAAUAUGUUUGAAAAAUAAUCAUUCAAUAUACUGUAUGUACAAAGAC